GACAGACAGUAACCAGGCUAUGCUACAGUGACAGACAGUAGCUCUAGUCCAGAGCGACCUGUCAAAUCCGAUUAGCGCUGUUUUCACCGUUUGUUCCCUCAAUAUAUUUUGGUUUUACGCAGCUACAGCCUGAACGAUACGAUUUUGCGAUUUUCCAUUGUGUAUAUACAUUUUCUUGUCAUUUGGGUCCGUUCAGAACACUUUCUGAAAGUUUGAGGCAUUGCAACGUGGGUGUAUAGAUUAAUUUCUGGUUGGUGAGUCCUGAGUGAGUAGAAGGCGCUAGUGUCUGCUGCUUUGCAGCGCGCUGCGUGGAUAGGACUCCAAACUUUUCCCUGCACGUCCGUGGUUAACUUGGAUUACCUCUUUCGCUCCUCCACAUCUACUUCCUCUCCCUCAUUUCCUGUCCAACUCUCUUUGAAAAUAUGAGAGAGAUGUCACAGAUAUGACAUCAACAACAACGAUCACUUAUCGAAAUCGACAGCGAGAAGGGGUCUCACGGAAAAUGCAGAAGAGCGUGCGAUAUAAUGAGGGCCACGCUCUAUAUCUGUCGGUUGUCGCGCGCAAAGAGGGCACAAAACGCGGUAUCCUGAGCAAGAAGUCCACGGAGAACAGUCGGUGGAACGACAAGUACUUCGCUCUCUACCAGAAUGUGCUCUUUUACUUCGACAACGACCAGAGCACGCGGCCCUCUGGGAUCUACUUGCUGGAGGGGUGCACGUGCGAGAGGGUUCCCGCGCACAAAGGCUCCGCGGUCAGCAAGGAGACUGUGGACAAGCAGCAGCACUACUUCCUGGUGGUGUUUGGCCAUGACGGUCAGAAGCCUCUGGAGCUGCGGACAGAGGAGGAGUCAGACUGCAAUAAGUGGGUGGAGUAUAUCCAACAGGCCAGUUACUCUGACAUCAUCAUUGAGCGCGAAGUCUUGAUGCAGAAGUACAUCCACCUGGUCCACAUCAUGGAGACAGAGAAGGUGGCGGCCAAUCAGAUACGCACCCAGUUAGAGGACCAGGACACAGAGAUAGAGAGGCUGAAAGCAGAGAUCGUACUGUUGAAUAAGGACAAAGAAAGGAUGCUGCCUUGCCAGACUAAUGAAGAGGAGGAGGAUCCAGACAUUAAAAAGAUCAAAAAGGUCCAGAGUUUCAUGCGAGGCUGGCUGUGUCGGAGGAAGUGGAAAAUCAUUGUCCAGGACUACAUCUGUUCUCCACAAGCUGAGAACAUGAGGAAGAGGAACCACAUUGUAUUUAACAUGGUGGAGGCAGAGACAGAGUACGUAUGCCAGCUCUCUGUCCUGGUCAACUUCUUCCUCAGACCACUACGUAUGGCCGCCAGCUCCAAGAAACCUCCCAUCAGCCACGAUGACGUCAGCAGCAUCUUCCUCAACAGUGAGACCAUCAUGUUCCUCCAUGAGAUCUUCCACCAGGGGCUGAAGGCUCGGAUAGCCAACUGGCCCACUCUGGUGCUGGCGGACCUGUUUGACAUUCUGCUGCCCAUGCUGAAUAUCUACCAGGAGUUUGUGAGGAACCACCAGUACAGCCUGCAGGUCCUGGCCAACUGUAAACAGAACAGAGACUUUGACAAGCUGCUGAAGCAGUAUGAGACUAAUACUGCCUGUGAGGAACGCAUGCUGGAGACCUUCCUCACAUACCCCAUGUUCCAGAUUCCUCGUUACAUCAUCACUCUCCAUGAGUUGCUGGCACACACACCUCAUGAGCACGUGGAGCGCAAGAGCCUGGAGUUCGCCAAGUCCAAACUAGAGGAGCUGUCAAAGAUGAUACAUGAUGAGGUGAGCGAUACAGAGAACAUUCGUAAGAAUCUGGCCAUUGAGAGAAUGAUCGUAGAAGGUUGUGACAUAUUACUGGAUACCAGCCAGACCUUUGUCAGACAGGGCUCACUGAUCCAGUUCCCUUCCAGCAAUGAACGGGGCAUGCUCAGUAAGGUCCGUCUGGGCUCUCUGUCACUCAAGAAGGAAGGAGAAAGACAGUGUUUCCUGUUUACAAAACACUUCCUUGUCUGCACACGCACUUCCGGGGGGAAGCUGCACCUGAUCAAGCAGGGUGGGGUGUUGACCCUGAUAGAAUGUACACUUGUAGAGGUGCUGGACAUCAGUGAUGAGGACUACAAUGCAGGAAGUCAGGGCUUCAACCACCUGGAGUUUAAGAUCAUGGUGGAACCCCCUGAUGGCCCCGCCUUCUCUGUCAUCCUAUUGGCUCCCUCCCGCCAGGAGAAAGCUGGCUGGACCAGUGACAUCAGUCAGUGUAUAGAUAAUAUCCGCUGUAAUGGCCUGAUGACCAGUGUGUUUGAGGAAAACUCUAAAGUCACUGUGCCGCACAUGAUCAAGUCGGACGCACGUCUGCACAAAGAUGAUGUGGACAUCUGCUUCAGCAAGACGCUCAACUCCUGCAAGGUCCCCCAGAUCCGCUACGCCAGCGUGGAGCGGCUGCUGGAAAGACUGACUGACCUGCGCUUCCUGUCCAUCGACUUCCUGAACACCUUCCUCCACACAUACAGAAUCUUUACUACUGCUGCUGUGGUCAUGGACAAACUGGCCGACAUAUACAAGAAACCCUUUACCUCUAUACCGGUCAGGGUUCAGUAUCACUCCUCUGAUUGUCUGUCCAUCACGUCUCUCUGUCCUGACUACAGUUUGAAGAUCACACAGCUUGCUGUGGACCAACAGAAGUCUCUGGAGUUGUUCUUUGCUACCAGCCAGGGGACGUGGGGCGGCGAGCACUUCAACAACAAAUCUCCCUGUCUCUGUCGCAAGUUCUCCUCUCCUCCUCUCACCACCCCCUCUCUCACCUCCUCCCCUGUCCACUCCCGCAAACUCUCCCUCUCCUCCCCCUUCCACUCCCGCAAACUUUCCCUCUCCUCCCCCUUCUCCUCCAAGGCAGGAGUCCUCGACCUCUCCACCCCUUCCUCCUCUGCUGCUAACUCCCCCACCUCCUCCCACCCUCCCUCCUCCUCCCCGUCUCCCACCUCCACCCUGGCUCCUUCAGGGUUCUCGUCCCCCCCUCCCACCUGCAACCGGGCUCCGUCAGGGUUCUCGUCCCCCCCUCCCACCUGCACGCGGGCUCCCAGCCUGCCAACAAUCCCGGGGCUCUUCAACUCCCCUCACACCACCUCUCUGGACCAUCCUCCCAGUUCUCCGGAACCUGCCCCCCCAACGCUGGAAGACGGAGGAGGAGACAUGUCACGCAUCGACGCCUGCUGUGGGAAACUCAGACGCAGCAUCCGCAGGGCUGUUCUGGAGACCGUUUCUCUGGAGAAGUUCCAUCCAGAGUCUAACCCUCAAGUCAGCGAGGACCGCGUCCCCCUGACGGAGUCCCCCUGUCGCUCCCCCUCCACACACCGACACAUGCGAUACAGACAGUCUGGAGGCUCCACGGGGGAGAACAAUCGUGGUACGAUGUCACCAGCCUCAGCCUAUGCUAUUGCAACAGCAGCCGCCGUACACGGCAGUUCCCAGGGUUUCAAUAAUAGCGAGAGGACCUGUGACAAGGAGUUUAUCAUCCGUAGAGCUGCUACCAACAGAGUCCUCAAUGUACUGCGUCACUGGGUCUCCAAGCACUCACAGGACUUUGAGAUGAACAGUGAGCUAAAGAUGGGUGUAAUGACUCUACUGGAGGAGGUGCUACGAGACCCCGACCUGCUGCCUCAGGAGAGGAAAGCCACUGGCAACAUAGUAAGUGCCCUUUCUCAAGAUGAUCAAGAUGAUGCUCAGCUUAAGAUAGAAGACAUCCUACAGAUGACGGAGUGUCCCAAAGCAGAGUGUUUUGAUUCUCUGUCUGCGAUGGAGCUGGCUGAACAGAUCACCCUGCUAGACCACAUUGUGUUCAGGAGCAUCCCUUACGAAGAGUUUCUGGGCCAGGGCUGGAUGAAGCUGGACAAGUUGGAGAGAACUCCAUACAUCAUGAAGACCAGUCAGCACUUUAAUGAUAUGAGUAACCUGGUAGCGUCUCAGAUCAUUGCCCAUACAGACGUGGGCUCCAGGGCUAACUCCAUAGAGAAGUGGUUGGCUGUGGCUGGUAUCUGUCGCUGCCUCAACAACUAUAAUGGAGUUCUGGAGAUCACCUCAGCUCUCAACCGCAGUGCCAUCUACAGGCUGAAGAAGACAUGGGCCAAAGUCUGCAAACAGACCAAGUCACUGAUGAGCAGGCUACAGAAGACCGUGUCAUCAGAAGGCCGAUUCAAGAACCUGAGAGAAACCCUAAAAAACUGCAACCCUCCGUGUGUGCCCUACCUGGGGAUGUAUCUGACUGACUUGGCGUUCAUUGAAGAGGCAACACCCAACUUCACUGAAGAGGGACUUGUCAACUUCUCCAAGAUGAGGAUGAUGUCUCACAUCAUCAGAGAGAUCCGUCAGUUCCAGGGUGCGCCCUACAGGAUAGAGCACCAAGCCAAGGUUACUCAGUUCCUGCUGGAUAGGACUCUGGUGAUGGACGAAGACACUUUGUAUGAGCUGUCCCUGAAGAUUGAGCCCCGCCUCCUUCCAAGCUAAACACAAAGAAACACCACACAGUUGGUUUCACUCCAGCUGGCACUUAGUGGCACUUAGUAUUUAGUAUUCUUAUUAUCAUCAGCUUGGUAACCAUGGAAUCGAUGAACGGGAGAGUCACCUGGUUUAGGGUUCUUGUUACUUUAGCAGCAUUGCCAAUGAACAACUCAUGUGAAGACGUGCCUUGCUUGUAAAAUAUGUACAUAUCAAGAUGCUGUAAUAAACUGUAUUAGUGUAGUGAUAACUGUUAUAAUGAUGAUCUUGCAUACAUUUCAAUGUAACAUAUAAUAAUAUAUGCCAUUUAACAGACGCUUGUAUUCGAAGCAGCUUACAGUCAUGCAUGCAUACAUUUUAAGUAUGGGUGGUCCCAGGAAUCAAACCCACUGUCCUGGCAUUGCUAGCAUCAUGCUCUACCAACUGAGCUACAGAGGAUUCACAUUGCUCUGAAGAAGACUGAACCCAGUUAGAUUUAGGUUUGGCUGUACCUGUGACUUCAAGAGGGAGAAGCUGGCCAGACUAAUGGCAGCUGUGGGAAGAGACGAGUGAGGAGGGACAGUGGCUGUCUCUAUAUUGUCCUCUACUGGUGAACUAGUGGAAGGUCAGCCUCAUAUCUUGAAGUGAUUGUGAGCAUUCCCCAAAAGAUUUUUCAAAUCAAAUGUUAUUGGUCAUAUACACGUAUUUAGCAGAUGUUAUUUGCAGGUGUAGCGAAAUGCUUGUGCUUCUAGUUCCGACAGUGCAGCAAUAUCUAACAAGUAAUAUCUAACAAUUUCACGACAAAUACCUAAUACACACAGUAAAGGAAUGGAAUUAAGAGUAUAUAAAUAUAUGGACGAGCAAUGUCAGAGCAGCAUAGACUAAGAUACAGUAGACAGUAUAGAAUUAAGCAAUAAGGCCCGAGGAGGUGUGGUAUAUGGCCAAUAUACCACGGCUAAGGGCUGUUCUUAUGCACGACGCAUCGCAGAGUGCCUGGACACAGCCCGUAGCCGUGGUAUAUUGGCCAUAUACCACAAACCACUGAGGUGGCUUAUUGCUAUUAUAAACUGUUUACAAAUGUAAUUAGAACAGUAAAAAUAAAUGGUUUGUCAUACCCGUGGUAUACGGUCUGAUAUACCACGGCUGUCAGCCAAUCAGCAUUCAGGGCUCGAACCACCCAGUUUAUAAUACAGUAUUGUCACGCCUCCACCUGCUCCCCCUCCCUGAUGCUCGAGAGAGCCAGGCUCCCCAUCAUUACGCACACCUGUCACCAUCAUUACAUGUGUCAGCGCAAUAUUGGACUCAUCUGGACUCCUUCACUUUGUUGAUUGCCACUUUUAUAUCUGUCUGUUCCUCAGUUUGUUCCCUGUGUCAGCAUUAUUGUCUUUAUGUUUUCCCUGUCCAGACGCUGUCUUUGUUUGUUUCUUGUCAGUUGUUUAUUAAAUGUUCACUCCCUGUACUUGC